AUGUACGACAAAGGAUUACGGUCUCUCCUCGGCCAGCUGGUGAUGGUGCUCCUUUUGGCCCAGAUCAUGGGACGCCUGCAUAAGAGGAAUGGCUACCAUUACAGACCCCAGCAACCACCACCACUGCACCAGAGUGGAUAUUUCGAGCCCCAUCAUCCGGCUGUGGAGCCUCCGGAGCCGGAAAAGACCCAGCACAGUCCCAAAAGCUAUUACAGCCAAUCUGGAGGUGGUGGCAGUGGCUCAAGUGGCUACAAGGGAUCAUCCGGUGGCUAUAGCAUUGGUAGUGGUCUUCGAUCCAUUGCCCAGGGAUCGGCUGAUCAGGCUCACAGCGCCGUGGCCAACCAGCAUGCAGCUGCCAAGCAGGCUGCCUACAUAGCCCAGAACACAUUAGCCCAGGCAGCAUCUCAGGCGGCAGCCACAGCUCAAGCGGCGUUGGUGGGUAAACAAGUGGUCCUGCAGGAGCUGGAACAGCAGGCGGCCGAGGCGCAGCGCUCCCUAUCCCGGGAACUGGAGCAGCUAAAGGCGGCCAAGAUCUCUGCCAAAUUGGCCCAACAAACAGCCCAAGCAGCCCAUCACCACAUCUCCGUACUCACGGCAGCCGUUAACAAUGCCAAGUCCGUGGCUGAACAGGCGGAGCAAACGUCCACGGAGGUUAACAACCAGCUAGCCUCCCAAUCUACUAUGGUAGGUCAGGCCAAGAACCGGCUGGAGCAGGUGGAGGAGCAGUUGCAUCAGGCGAGAGUUGAUUACGCGGCCACCAAGGAGUCAGCCAUCAAGGCAUCCAAUUCCGCUGCUGCUGCUCAAGUGAAUGCUUCCAAGGCGGCUCAACAUGCCACAAUUGGACUGCACGAAAGUACUAACCAGGGACACGAGGGUCAGGAGUCCGGUGGCCACGAGGAGGAAUCUUAUGACGAGCAUUUGGAUACCAGUGGCGUAGGAGUGGGUCACUCGGCCGGUGGUGAGGAUCUAGGGGAACAUGUGAGGACUCCCUACCAGUAA